GUAUGUUUAUGGGUCAUGUGUGCAGGUGGCUUUGGGGGAGCUAUUGAAUAGGAAGUGCUCUGGUAUUUAUAUGAAACUGCUCACCGGUUUCAAGGACCCACCAGCAAAAACGUGCCUGUAUGAGUGUGCUUAAUCCCUGCUCAUCCGAAGUGUGCCAGAGCCACUUUCUCCCCCUCCCUUCUUGCCUCUCUGUACAUAUAACCCAGGCUGCUGCACCCAGCCUUUGCCCGCUUGUCUCGCUGGUCCUGAGCACUCAAAGGUGCAGCACGUCUCUGAGAAUGAGCACCUUCUCUGAGACAGCGUGGCUCUGCCUGGCUGUCACCGUAGUGCUAGCAGGAAUAGCCCUUUGCAGUCUCAAGAAGAGCCCAGGGCAGGCCGGCAGAAAGGUGGUCUGCCUGGCGGGUCUCUGGGGAGGGGCUUACCUGCUGCUCAGCCUGCCCCUCUCCUGGAGCUUGAUCCUCUGCCUCCUGUCCUGCUUCCUCCUGUAUACUUACCUCUCUGGUCAAGAGCUGUUACCUGUGGAUCAAAAGGCGGUGCUAAUCACAGGUGGCGAUUCCGGAUUUGGCCAUGCUCUGUCUAAAUAUCUGGAUGAGCUUGGCUUCACGGUAUUUGUGGGAGUUCUGGAUGAAACAGGAUCAGGAGCAGAGGAAUUGCGAAGAACCUGCUCCGAGCGCCUCUCUGUGCUCCAGAUGGACAUCACCGACCCACAGCAGAUAAAAGACGCCCACAGAAAAGUGGUGGAAAAGUUGCAGAACAGAGUCCAUCUGGCUGCUGACCACACCUUGAGGACACCUGUACCAGCCACCUGUCACUUGUUCAACCGCCCCCCCCUGACAUGGGCCUCUGGCAGACACAAAGAUGGUAUGAGAGGGGUCCCAAUGGAAAAGCUGGCAGCCUAUAGCUCAUCCAAGGCGGCUCUGACCAUGUUCUCAGCAGUCAUGAGACAGGAGCUUUCCAAAUGGGGAAUUAAAGUCUCUGUCAUCCAGCCUGGAGGCUUCAGGACGAAUAUUGCAGGCACCAGUGAAGUGUGGAGCAAGCAGGAGAAGGACCUCUUGGACCACCUUACCUCUGACGUUCAGGAAGACUAUGGCCAGGACUAUAUCCUCGAGCAGCGGAAUUAUCUUAAGUUGAUCAACAUGAAGGCCAGCAAAGAUAUGUCCCCUGUGCUCCUGGACAUCCGACAUGCUGUGUCUGCUAAGAGCCCCUUUGCCUUUUAUGCGCCGGGCGCAAUGGCUUAUUCGUUGAUCUGCUUUGUUUCCUUUAGUCCUACUGGCAUAUUUGAUUAUUUUAGCAAAAAAUUGCAUAACUUUGGAGGAGGCUUGCCCAGGGCACUAAUUAAACAGGCCUAACUGAAGAAUAAGCCACAUGGGCAAACACGUGGGAAAUGUCUUGGAACGAAAGGGAAACUUGAACUUCCCAUUAAAGUUGUGGUUUCCUACCUUGCA